AUGAGCAGCGCAAAGAAAAGUAGUGCAGGUCAAUGUCCGACACAAGAAACUGAUACGAUAUUUCAACGUAUACGCACACAAGUACAAAAGUCAAGUUCAAAUACAUAUAUAUUUUUUGUAUUCGGAGCAUCGGGUGAUUUAGCGAAAAAGAAAAUUUAUCCAACGUUAUGGUGGUUGUAUCGCGAUGGAUUGUUACCGGAAAAUAUUAUUUUUAUUGGUUAUGCUCGAAGUGCACUGACAGUUGAAAAAGUAUUUCAAAAUUGUGAAAAAUAUAUGAAGCUUCAAGAUAGCGAACGUGAUUUAUACAAAAAAUUUAUUAGUAUUAACUCUUAUGUUAGUGGCUCAUAUGAUAACCCAAAAGAUUUUCAACGUUUACAUAAUGAAGCGAACAAAAUUGCUAAAGAAGAAACUGCCAAUCGUUUAUUUUAUUUAGCCUUACCACCGAGUGUUUACGGAAGCGUAUCAGAAUUAAUUAGUUCAAAUUGUCGUCCGAAAGAACCUGCAUGGUUACGUUUGAUUGUUGAAAAACCGUUUGGUAAAGAUUUAGAAAGUUCAAAUAAUUUAUCAAAACAUUUGAGUAAACAUUAUAAAGAAGAGGAAAUUUAUAGAAUUGAUCAUUACCUUGGAAAAGAAAUGGUGCAAAAUUUAGUUGUGUUAAGAUUUGCUAAUCGUAUAUUCUCUCGUGUUUGGAAUCGUGAUUCAAUUGCAGCUAUUAUUAUCAUAUUUAAAGAGGAUAUUGGCACCCAAGGAAGAGGAGGAUAUUUUGAUGAGUUUGGAAUUAUUCGUGAUGUUAUUCAAAAUCAUUUGAUGCAAAUAUUGUCGAUAGUUGCAAUGGAAGCUCCACGUUCAACGAAAGGUGAAGAUAUUCGUGAUGAAAAAGUUAAAGUAUUACGUCGUAUACAGCCGAUUAAAAUGGAAGAUGUUACACUUGGACAGUAUGUUGGUGAUAAAAAUUCAUCGAAUGAAGAACAUCGAAAAGGUUAUUUGGACGAUGAGGGUGUGCCAAAAGAUUCAAAAACACCAACGUUUGCCCAGGUUGUCAUGCAUAUAAAUAAUGAACGGUGGGACGGUGUACCAUUUAUUUUACGUGGAGGAAAAGCAUUAAAUGAAAAAAAAGCUGAAGUUCGUAUUCAAUUUCGUGAUAUGCCUGGUAGUAUGUUUGAAGUUGAUGGUGAAAAAACAGCUCGUGAUGAAUUAGUUAUACGUGUACAACCAAAUGAAGCGAUUUAUUUGAAAAUGAAUAAUAAACGUCCAGGUGAAAUGGGUUUCAGAGUAGAAGAAACAGAAUUAGAUUUGACGUAUAAUGAACGUUAUCAAGGUGUUAAAUUACCGGAUGCUUAUGAACGUUUAAUAUUAGAUGUAUUUAUGGGCCAUCAGAUUAAUUUUGUUCGUUCUGAUGAACUUGAAGAAGCAUGGCGUAUUGUAACACCCGUACUAAGUGAAAUCGAUGAUAAAAAUAAUAAAAAUGUUAAUGUGAUUCCGUAUCCGUUUGGUAGUUCUGGAUUACAAGAAGCAUUUGACAUAUGCUCAAAGUAUGACUAUACGUACUCAGGUACAUACGUAUGGAAAGAUGAGAGAAGUAAUUCUCAAACAAGCCCACCGAAAAAAAAUGAUGAGGCGAAUAGUUUAAAAACGGUGGAAAGAAAAACACUACGAAGCGAUUCAUCAGCCGCCGUCAAAAAAACUGAACAAAGUGGAUCGACAUCAAAAAAGUAA